GGAAGUGAGUGGCGUCACCGCAGCGCAGUGAGGGCAACACUGACGCGCACGAAGCUGCCCCCCGCCAUAUUGAGUAGUGGAAGCCGGCUAGCUGGGCGAGAGGCCAGAAGCUGUUGAUUCAACUUUCAAGGAUGUUUAGGGCCCCCCAGGUCCUGAUUUGGUCUUGUCCCACUAGACAGUUGUUGCUGUUGAGGGAAUCCCACCUCUCUGCUUUCUGUAAACACACUGCUGCUGGAUGGCAGAGCUCAAGAGAUGUUAAGCAAAGGAGAUAUGAUGGGAUCUAUGGAAGUAAGGGGGGCUCGUCAUUGUCUACAGAGACUGCAUCCCGUUCAACACAGCUGUCUUCAUCCAACUCAGGCUGUGACAACCUGAGACGGAGAGAGUUUCAAAACCACCCAUCCAAUGUCAUUUUGUCCAGCCAUCAUCACUCUGCUCAGGUUUUUGCCGCUGCAAAGGCCAGACGAGCGUCUGACUUUUGGAAAUGCACUGUAGCGGAAGAUUUAGGUCUAAGCGUCAAAGCUGCAAGUCCUCACCAGGACUGUUUAAUCAAUACAACUUGCCUUCAGCCCUGGGAAAGGCCUUGGGAUGUUUGCCAACCUUCACUCUGUUUCACCAGUAAGACUCGGUGUAACCUUCAAAGCCAUUUACACUGCAGACAGUACUUUGUUAGACCCUUCAGCUCAUCGACACAUACAGCAUGUGUUUUGAACCACUUUCACAGUAGACAACAACAUUCAAGCAACUUUUCUCAAAUAAACAGAGCAGUUCAUCAAGCUGCCCCUUGCAUAGCAGAAGCCUGGAGAGACUGUCUAUCCCUGGAGAAUGAAAACAGGUGUAGACAGAGCCUGGGGCCCAACUUGAAGCUGUACGAGGUGGACAAGGGGAAAAAGGAGGCAAGUCAGAGCCAGGGAAAGAACCAAGGGAGAUGGGCAUCAGUCCUGGUCUCGCUGUGCUCUGUUGAGGGGGAGCCAGCGUUUCUCUUCACCCUGCGCUCCAGCACACUGAAGGGCAGGCACAAGGGAGAUGUCAGUUUUGCAGGAGGAAAGAGUGAUCCAUCAGACAGAGAUGAUGUGGUGGCGACGGCUUUGAGGGAAGCCAGGGAGGAGCUGGGUGUUUCUGUGGCAGCAGAGAAGGUCUGGGGCCUCUUGAAGCCUCUCAGGGACAGGUCGGGGAUGCUGGUCGCCCCUGUGCUGGCAAACCUCGGCCCCAUAGAGGAGUUAUCCUUCAAACCAAACCCUGGAGAGGUGGAGGAGAUUUUCACCCUGUCUUUGUCCCACCUGUGCAACCCUCAGAACCGCGGCUACACACACUUCCGUGUUGGCGACAAGUACGGCUACACCCUCCCAGUGUUUUGUAACGGGAAGCAUCGAGUGUGGGGCCUGACAGCUGUGGCCCUAGACCAUACCCUGAAACUCAUUGUCCCUUCGUAGCAGCUCGGUCGUGGUUUCUCUACAAUCUACAGUGCACUUAGUACUAAAGCACAUAUGUGACUCAAAGAUUUGACAAAUGUGCAAUCAAGCUUUGUGUAGCAAACUCUCGUCAGGAAUCAAGUGUGAAUACUUAAUAUUUUCAUACAUCCACUCUCAAGUUAUGAAGGGAAAAUUCCUUUCCUGUCAGGAGAAGGAUUUUUCCUUGUGUGCACUUUCUGAGCCUCGUGUAUAAGAAUCUCUUGAACGGACUGUGUGUAUAAAGAAGGUGGCCAGCUGUGAUGAUGUCACUGAUACAGAGCAGGUGUUGGCAGUCUUUGUAGAUCUGAUGUGGAGUAACAACAUCAAAAAGCAGUGCCAACACACCUAAUUAUACCUGAUUCUUACCUGAACAUUAUCAGUAGCUAAUGUAUAUCUAUAUAAAUAUUAUGGACCGCUUUAAUUUCAGAUGCUUUCAGAUCCUUUUCCAAUUAAACUUGAAAUGUUGUGUUACCAAUUAAAUCGAUUUCAACAAGUUGA